GUGCAGUCAACGUCGGGACCGGCUGCCCAGAAGGACCUCGUGCGUUCUCCACCUCUCCCCCCCUUCUGUCUCACCCUCGGAACCCUGAGGAACGUGCUCUCUCCUUCUUUUUUUUUUUUCUUUCUCCCCACGUAACCAAAGACUCGCGGUGCUCCGGUUUGCGAACGUGCAGUGGGUGCCAAUCUGAAUGGGGAUAAUCGCGUAUGGUCCCUCUUACCCCCCCGGAUUCUGUGCGCCAAAUGUUGAAUAAUCGCGAUUCAAUGAAAUAAUCCGUGUUCUCAUCAUGGAUCGUGUACUACUCGUUCGUGUGGACACUGGUGGAAGACAUGCAUGAUAUACGUUGUCCGUCGAGGACACUCGGUCUCUCCCUUUGGCAAACAGAAUGGGCGAGCAUUCAAACCGGAGAAAGAAUCUGCCGGACUAAUCCGCGAUUUCUGUUUCACGUUAAACAGAGCAACAAUGAAAAUCUGAACCAAAGGGGUGACUCUGUCUGUACUGACUAUAAUUGCUAUGAUCGAAUCGAGAAAGACUGAACGUAAGAUUGAUCGUCGAAAGGGAAGAAUGAUCGUUCCUUGGUCACGUUUUUAAAAAUGAAAUUUAGUGAGAAACAGUUGUACCCGACAUGUGCAUCGGACGUCGAAUUUUCAAUAACGUCCCGUCGGAGUGUUCGAUGAACAUGUGCAGUGCAUCGGUGGGAAUCAGAAAGACUGAAACGAAGUGUGAAACGUUUGUAAAGGUAUCAAUCCUCUUGAAGAAGAAAUGGACACUGUUCGAAGGUCGCAGAGGCAUGGAACGUGCCAGGAUGCCGGAACGACGGGAUUCCAGUUGCACCGGUUAAAAUGAAUCGCCGGGAGGACCCGCUGUUGCGGCAGCAUCGCAACCGCUUGCUGCAAUUAGCCGAGGCGACGAACAUCAAGCCUGGCCGUGGCAGCGGGAAAAGGCGAGGCCAGAGGCAAUCAAACGCUUUCGGACCCAGUAAUGGAGGACCGAGUCGCGUGACCCUGCAGGAUAUCGUGAGAAGCGAUCCUGGAUACACGCCAAACAUCGAGCAUUUAGUGUUUCCGGAGCGCAAGAGCAGCAAUCCGAAUUUGGCCAAAGCGGCCGACGAACAACAGCAGAAUAAAUCUAAACCGAACACGACCAGCUCGGGCAGGUCCAGGCUCGCUGAAGUGUUCUCCAGGCAUUACUCCAGGGCCUCCCAGGACUCCACUUCCAGGAAGAAUCAUCUAAACAGCACGUCUCUGGACUCCGGGUCGUCUUCCCAUCAGGCUCAGACGGGGAGCGGACCGACGCCGGCGACGAGGAGUCGUCGAUGGCUGUCGCAGAGCUCGCAGUCGUCGAGUAGGCAACAUUCAGCCGAGGACGGUGUCCGUGGGGGCAACGUGGGCGUCCUAGGGCCCGUUUCGACCUCGUCCUCCAGCCAGGCCCCUGCUCCCGCCCUGCCGCCGCGCAGAGUCAGUCCAGCCGCGGAUUCUGCCGACGUUUCAAACACAGCCGGCCGCGACAGGGGUCAGAACGUGUCGAUACUGCAUUUACGCAGCACGUCGGACCCGUGGGAGGUCGGCUCGCAAGGUUCCUCGUACAGCGUUGGCAGCAAUAAAAGUCAAAGUGGCAAAGCAAAGUCCGCCGGUAGCGUGCGUGGCUCCUACACCCGUGGCACUUCGAUACCAUCCUUGAAACGUCACGACCCGUCGACGUCGGCCACUUCCAGUUUAAAGCAGCAUCGACAAGAGACCCAUGGACCGGUGGCUCGACGCCGAGAAUCAUCGAACUCGUACCUGUCGGGGACCAGCGGCACCUCCGGCGAGCUGUUCAUCACCGGCGACUGCAGCAGAGAAUUGUCACCAGUGCGAUGGUGCGACAGAGAAGUGGACGGAGUGUAUCUGGGUCGAUCAGGCUGGGUCCAAGUGCAGCAACGGUCGCUCGACGAGAAUCGUCGCGCCAACUACGAGAGUAGUUUAACCACUGGAACAUUGCCGUUGCCGCGGAGAACGAUGGUGAAGCUGGCCGAUUACCAUUGCAACAGCGAGCCGGGGAAAUGUCCGGAAGAAUUCCUCAGGUUGGACAGUCAGAGGCCGGACUAUCUCGCGUUGCAGGAUUACGAGUCCGUCGCGAGCAGCACGUGCACCUCGCCUCACAGCAUCCCAGAGUCUUACUCCCCGCCGUCGAUCACGCCGAUCAUUUCACCACCGCCGGCUUUCCAAGACGUAAUCGGCAAGAAUCCAUCCGCGAAAGUCGGACGAAGUAACUACGGCAAAGCUCCGUUCCUGCCGAGAUCCAACGCCAUAGUAGACAGCGACAUAAUCAGUCCGCCUCCCUCGCCGCCGCAUCAAUUAAACUGGAGCUCCUUACCGUCUUCCUCGAGGAAGUCCAACGCGCCGUCGAGAAGGAGACAAAACAGUAAUCAGCAGCAACAGCAAACGCAACAACAACAACAACAACAGCAGCAGCAACAAUACAGAAUGGCGCAAGCUAAAUCGUUGGAGGAUCAGUCUUCUUCAAGGAGGUCGCAGUUCAUCCAACGUUACUUAGAAUCCUCCAGCUCGUCGUCGUCCUCGGUCGGUUUUCGAAGUUUGGACAGUUGCGUGACGAGAUCAACGAUGCCUAGACUGGCGGAGAACACGGAUUCAUCGGUGGAAGGAUACGACGACGGUGACGACGAAGACGACGUUCCUAGCUCGUCUCUGAAUCUGAGCCUCGUGUCUUCAUCGAUAAUAGCGUUGAACUCGUCGAACGAAUCGAUCCGAGCGAACGGCGAGCGGAUCUCGCCGAACAGAACUCGGCAUCAUAGAAGUCAACAGGGAUUGAGGAGAUCGCCGGGAUCCUCGGAAUCCGGUAAGCUGUCGUUCAACUCGCCCUCGUCGUCCUCCUCGUCGUCGAGCAGCGCUGACAGGCAAGGGAGAUCGCCCACUCCGAAUCCGUUCCGACGUACAAACGCCGCUAGACAGCAUCAGAGUGCGAGAACCACGCAAGUGUCACCGGAUUCUCACCAGUCGAGAGUGAGAAGAUCCAGGAGCCUUCAGUUACCGGAGAAGAGAUCGCCGGGCGCCGCGGCGCCCAACAGAGACUCUAACGAGCCCCACCGAGUGGUCGUCAAAAUUUCCACCGACAGAGGAAACGACAGGAAGCGACUCCAAAAUAGAAAAGCGCAGUCGACGGAGGUCGCGUUGAACGAGGAACUCCUCCGCGAGACCGAGGCGGUCACCGAGUUCCUCUACGGGACGAGGAGCCGCGCCGCGGCUAGAAGUCUGAUCUCCAGUCGUUUCGAGCGUCGCGAGGAGAAUCAAGAACAGAGGCAAAGGAACAAUCCGAACACGUACGACGUUUACUUCAUCUCGUCGAAGCAGCAGCAGCAGUCUGGCAAGACUCAACAGCAAUCCCAACAACAAUCUCAACAGCAGCAGCAAUCUAGGAGACCGAAGACGUUGCAGAGGGGCGCCACGACUCCCAACACGAAUCCCUCUACCUCGAAUCAGAAUUUUUGCAUCAGCCCCGACACGAAGCUCCGUUGCAACAGCAGCACUUGCGAUUUCUGGCCGCACUGUUCCCAAAGGGACACUCUGUACUCCCCGAAUCAGGCUCCCACCGUAUUUAUGAAACUGUCCCAGAGCUAUCCGGCUCAUCAGCGGCUCCCGCAGGACUCCAACAGAGGAAGCGCCAGCUCGUCUCCGGCGUCGUUAGAGCGGAUGGACGAUCGUGAGCUCCGUGAGAAUUCCCGGAAGAGUCGACCGCGCGAGGCGAACAAUUCCAAGUACCAAGAGAGGCAACCGAAGAGCGUCCUAAAACAGCCGAACCGCUGGUCGCCCAUGGAGUCGAACGGUAAUUCCAACGAGAAACAGCAUCGGUUUUAUCAGAAGCCGGAGUUCGCCGGUAGUUUCGAGGGCUGCGAGAAUAAAGACAGAAAAAUCUCCCCGGUCCAAGGGAAGGUUAAAUCUCCCAGUGGACAGGUCGUCUCUCCGUCUACCACUUCCUCCUCGUCGAGCGAUAUCUGGGUCACCACUUCCGACCGGACCGUCACUAAAAGUCCAAGGAACGUGAAGAGUUCCGGUGCUUCUACUCCCAUGGAAGACGCCGUGAUCGGCUCGUUGAAGACGCUCAUCGAACCACCCAAGGACGGCAUGCUCUCCAGGCCUGGAAGCGCUCCCACCAGGGGAGAAGACACCCUCACCGCAGACGCUUCUCUAGAUCCUCAUCAGCGGUCCCUGUCCCUGCCGAAGUCGUUCCUGACUCACAACACCGAAGGCAAUAACAAGAGUGGCAGCUGGCAACGCGGACAGAAUUCGCAGAGGUCGAGCCCGAGUCGACUUCACCACACGCAGGAAACAGCCACGCCUCACACGGCUCCCGUUUCCCCUCUGCACGAUCAACGCUCGUAUCUGAGCAAGGAGAGGAGACGGAUUCCCGGGCUGAGCAAGGCGCAGAGGCGUAUCAAAGCGUCCAGCACGCCGGCGCUCCUCGACCGCGAUGUGGAAAGUCGACAGUGGUCUGGGGACGAGGAGGACGAGGGCACGGGGCACGGGACGACGGAGCAUCCGCUGGCGGAGGCGACGAUUCCCUUGGUCUCUCGCCUUCAAGAGCAGCCCUCGAGUGGGAAUAUCGUGGCCACUUCCGGUGUACAGAAUUCGCCACGUUCGAGCAGCCAAUCCCAAUCCCAGCAGGGCAGCGUCCUUCAGAAGUUUCGAAAGAGCUUCUCGUUGAGGUUCCACAAAAAGGGCAGCAAGGAGAGCAACGAGGGCGAGUGUCCGGUAGAAGAUAACGAAUCCGGUCCUCUCGACGAGGAGGAAGAGAGGGAAUCGCAGCCCGUGACCGAACAGCACAAGGAGGACAACGGCAACGACCAGAAAUUCAGAUUCGGUCCUCUGGUGUGGAGGAGCAGCAAGGAGAGGAAGAAAGGGAGUAAAGCUGCGAGGAACGCCAAGUGUAACAGCGGAGACAGUGGGAUUCAGAUCGAGAUGGUAUCUGGUGGAGCGUUGACUGGGGGCGGUAGGGGUGGCGACAGCUCCGAGUCCCACGACACUGACGUCCAAGACGAGACGGACAGCCCGCCAACUCUUCGUAAGCGAGUCGACAAAUCUCGACCCCAGUCCGAGCUCGUCAACCAGAUACUGAUCGACAAGUUUAAGGCGGAUCUGCAGAGCCGCACGUCGAGGCACCAGCACGUACGGAGGACGAACAGCGACUUAGGAGGUCAGAGGUUGCUUCAAUGGGACACGAGGUCUGGGUACAGCCACGCGCACAAUUAUCGUAGGAUGCUGUCGACUCCGUCUCCGAUCAAGACGAGGCCUCCCAGGCUGAGCCCGAGGCACUCCUCCCAUGACAUCGUUGCGCUCAGAAGUAACGCGAAAGGGAGGAGUUCCCGGACAAAUCUGAGGCGUUCGCUCAGUCAGCCACUGGGUAUCAAUCAGCUGUCACCCCUGAUGCGCACCAAAACUGCAGGCGCGAGGUUGCCCGGUGGCAACGUCCUGUCGGAGGACGAGCAGGACGGACGAGGCGGGACCUCUGACGACGAGAUGAUGUCCGACUCGGAAUCUUCCAUCGCUUCCUUGACGGACAGGAAGAAGUCUUUCGAGCAAACGAUGGACGAGGAAGUGGUCAUCUUAGCUGAAGCUGUUUGGGACCACGUCGCGAUGGAGCCCGAGGAGCUGGCCUUCCGCGCCGGCGACGUGAUCGAGGUUCUCGACAACAUGGACAAGGACUGGUGGUGGGGCAGCUGCAGGGGAGAGCACGGCUGGUUCCCUGCUGCGUUCGUCAGAUUGCGCGUGAGCCAAGAAGACACGGUGGAGGACUGUCUGGCUGCGAUGGCAUCGGGCGGCGCGUCGAACUCUCAACUGAGAAGACGCACCAGCGUAUCCCUUCUGUCGAACGAGCAAGUCAGAACGAGCGUAGUUCGAGAACUGGUGCAGACCGAGAGGGACUUCGUGAAGAUUUUAAGGGACGUCGCGGAGGGCUACAUAGCCGAGUGUCGACGGCGCACGGACAUGUUCACCGAGGAGCAGAUCGAAACUAUUUUCAUCAAUCUCGAAGACCUGUUAGACUUCCAGUCGGAGUUUCUCAAAGAUCUGGAAACGAGGAUCGACUGGACCGCUCCGUACAAGAGCUGCGUCGGCGAAUGCUUCCUGAAUCAUAGAGCAGGAUUUCGGAUGUACUCGGAGUACUGCAACAGCCACCCGAUGGCCACGGUCACUCUGCAAGAGCUGUACCAGCACAAUCGUUACAACAAAUUCUUCGAAGCUUGUAGAUUAAUGCGGGGACUGAUAGAAAUUCCUCUGGACGGUUACUUGCUGACUCCGGUGCAGCGGAUAUGCAAGUAUCCUCUUCAAUUAGCGGAGCUGCUGAAAUACACGAAAUCGGACCAUCCGGAUUAUCACAAGAUUCAGGAAGCUCUCGAAGCGAUGCGAGACGUCGCGGUUCUGAUCAACGAGAGGAAGAGGCGGAUGGAGAGCCUCGAGAAGCUGGCCGCGUGGCAGCUGAGGGUCGAAGGUUGGGAGGGCGAAGAUCUGAUCGAAGUGUCGUCGCAGCUGAUCUACCAGGGCGAAGCCGUCAGGGUCACCACUGGCAUGUGGACGAACAACAUAAUUCUUUUCCUGUUCGAUCAUCAAUUAGUUUACUGUAAAAAGGACAUCCUCAAGCGGAACACGUACGUGUACAAAGGCAGGAUUUAUCUCGACACCAGCGAGGUGAUCGACGUUCCCGAUGGGAAAGAUCACCAAUUGGGGGUGACGGUGCGGCACUGUUUGAAGGUGUACAGCUGCGUGCGAGAUAAAUGGUUGCUGUUCUGCUGUCGAACGGCGGAAGAGAAGCGUCGAUGGCUCGCAGCGAUGGCCGAGGAACGGAGGCUGGUCGCCCAGGACAGAAACGACGGAUUAGAAUUCCCCGCCGCGGCUAGACAGUUGGCAAGGCUCGCGGCCACCAGACAGCAGAAUCGGCCGCCGAUCAAACCUCGCAACAAGACUUACAAGAGAGAAUCGGUCUACGAGAUGACGACGAUGAUCGGUCAGCCCACGACGAACUCGUUAGGACGUAAAGUCGGCACUUGGUUCACGUUCGGGAGCAGUAAGAAAGGUACUCGACUUCAGCCGUCCUGAGACAGGCCCACCUUCGUCCCAUACAUCGACUUGUAAACUCCUGGCGCGAAGCGCUCCGCGCGGAAUGCGAAAGCGGAAUCGUCCCGCGGACGGAAACGGAGGAGCGCAUCGCGCGUCGUGUAUGGAACGAAGGUCCACGUCGUCUACCUUGGAAAGAUCCGUCGAUGUUCCAUCGAUCCGAGCAGUCUCGUUUAUUAUAUAUAGUUUAAAAAACACGUACAGUUCGAUAAAAGUGACGCGUGUCACUUUGCAUCGUCGAUAUUUAUUUCACUGCCUCGCGAAACGAUUCUUCUGAUCACGGAGCGACAAGGUAUCAUCGAUUAUUUCGAAUUCUUGUAAAAAAGGAGGAAAGGCGACGGUAUGAAAGUUGUGUAUAAAAAUUAGGAGAGCGAACGCACCUAACGCGUUGUUAGCAUGUAAACGUAUCGUGUAAAGCUGAUGUGUACGUAUAUAUAGCGAGGUACUGCAGAGAAAGUACUAGUCAACUUUUAUCGUGAGUAAAAGGACGGUGAUAAAUUUUCGAGCGAGUAUUAAAUUAGUGGCGUUUUAUAAUGGUAAUAAAGACUGACUUAGCCCCGCUUAUGCACCGGAGAUGAUCGAGCUAACACUGAGAGAAAGUUUGUUAAACACAAUUAUUAUUCGUAGUUGACUCUUAAGCGUAUUCCUGGUUCGACGAGCAUUUAGAUUCUCUUAGAACGCCACGUGAAACUUCUCUCUAUCUCUAUUUCUCUGUAUCUCUCUCAGUGAAACUGAACGGUGUCUCCGGUUUGGAAUAAUCGAGCGUCUCGCGGAGGACGGAAGGUAUCAGAAGUUUGAGCAUAUCAAGGGGUAUUUUCUAGUAGACAUCGAGAUCUCUCUUUAAGCGAAUUUGUGUACCUUUCGCGUUCUGCGAGUCCUUGAACCGGAGACACCGUUCGUCGAGGGGAUGAAGAAUCUUAAACAUCCUUCUACUGCCUAAAGUUAUCGAGUCAUUCGUAUACUCAUCAUAGUUUGUACGACGGUCUUCGUGAAUAAUGGCGCGACAGUAUUAAUAGCAGGUAUCACUGAACGUGUAAAUACUCGCAUAUCAAGUCUGUUUUCUACUGCUGUCCUGGCAGAGUGUCUACGUGCGAGAGCAAAGAAUCGUCUGAGAUAUCCUUCAGGUUUUUCUACUCUUGUACAGAAAGCUAAAGGAGAGACGGAGGGAACCUGAGCGUUUUUGUAUGCUAGAACGUUGCACCGCCGAUUCAAUUAACAUUUUUCGAGGGACGUGAAAGUUUUUCGACACUGCCAAUAUGUUAAUUUGUUUUAACGCUUUAACGAUCGUUUCGUUGGCGAGAAUCGAGUUGGAGGGACAUCGUUUCUGUAUUUAAUAUAACGACGAGGACAAUAUGACGAGGUGAACGAGGGCAUGAUUCCUAAUAUACAGAGAACCAUCGAUUGUCUGUAGCUCGGCAGCGACGCGUUCGUCGUUCAGUUGGAGAGUUAUUUUUAUAGAACGAAUUCGUUUGUUCUUCUUAAGCGUCGCUACGUAAGGGCAGUCGUUAAUGGCCAAUGUGAUUAAAAUUAAGGAGAGGAGCACGAAGUACCGAUGAUGUACAUCCCAUCAACUUCUGUAAAUCGCAGACGGAGCGACGACACGGAUCCAUUCGCUUUUGUUCACUUCUGUGAGAAAGUCGAAAGCCAGUUUCCUUUGGACUAACGUGUCGUCGCUACGAACUGAUCUUCUGCACAAACGUCGUGACGUGCUUUCAAGCAAUAAUAUUAUUAGGCGUUGAUAACGGUUUAGGCUGUUCCGUAUAUAUGUAAACGCAUAUAUUUUCCCUCGGUGCGCGUCGACGUGCACGCGGGGCGUUCCGAGGAAACCAGACACGAUAACUGCUUCGUUUCGUGUAAAUAAUUAGACAUUAACUCGUAAACUGUAAAUACGAUCUAGAACCUCGUUAGGAAACUUGAACAUGUUCUAGCCAUUUAACUGAAAAUCUCGAUUGAACGAUGUUUUUGUAUAUUUGUAUAUCUAAUUUAAUGAUUUAAAAUAAUUAAUAAAUUACACCUUUCGCUCUCGUU